GUGGUUGCGUGGUGUCCGUCCAGUGCUGGACUACUAUGCUCCAGCUGGAAGGUGCAAAGUGCAGUUUCCUGUUCUGCCUGGGAAUCUGCAUGCUCAUCUGCUCGGUCAUCUACCUGUGGGCCAAGGAUGGCACGGAUCCCCAGGGUCAGAGCGGGCCCCUGGGCUGCAGGCCCUUCUCUCAGUACUGCCGAGCUUUCCUCCCCAGCACCAAGGGCUCACCAGCAUGGCAACGCCGCGACUGCCAGGUGGAGAGCUAUCUUCUGGGUAUGGGGAGUCGAGGUGGGGACCUGGACUGCUCCCACCUGGUGAGGGAGCUUCACUUCAUCACCAGCCCGCUGAGCCGCGAGGAGGAAGACUACCCUCUGGCCUUCAUCCUCACUGUCCACAAGGAGCUGGAGCUGCUGGUGCGCCUGCUGCGGGCCAUCUACACACCGCAGAAUGUCUACUGUGUCCAUGUGGACGCCAAGGCUCCGCGGGAGUACAGGGAAGCCGUGGCGAGCCUUGUGGGCUGCUUCCCCAAUGUGUUCCUGGCCAGCCACAGCGAGAUGGUGACCUACGCCGGCUUCUCACGGCUGCAGGCCGACAUCAACUGCAUGAGGGACCUGGCGGCAUCGCCUGUGCCCUGGAGGAAGGUGCUAAACCUGUGCGGCCAGGACUUCCCUGUCAAGAGCAACCUGGAGCUGGUGCGCUACAUGCAGAGCAAGGAGUGGAGGGACAGGAACAUGACCCCGGGCAUCAAGCAGCCUGCGGCCAUGAGGCACCGGACUCAGCUGCAGCACAGGGAGGUCAGGGGCUCCCACGUGGCCCCCAAGCGUGGAGGCCCAAAGAAGGGUGCUCCGCCCCAUGGGGUGCAGAUUUACUUUGGCACAGCCUACUACGCGCUAACCAGGACCUUUGUGGAGUUUGUACUGAAGAGUCACGUGUCCAGGGACCUGCUGGAGUGGUCCAAAGACUCAUUCAGCCCAGAUGAGCACUACUGGGUGACGCUCAAUCACAUUAAAGGUAAAGCCCAAGUUUAUAAACCGCACAUAAAAAGCACCUUGUAAUCUCUGUAACACAAUUGGUUCUGAGCUUAUGUCAAAGCAUAGGGAUAUUUCUAACUGUUAAAUCCGUGAGGAAAACAGAUAAGACUUCUACAACCUUUCCAUGAAUGCAUAGCUAUGCCACGCACAACCUUUCCAAUUUGUAAUGCAUCGAAAAGCAAAAACAUAGGAGGUGAAAUAGCUGUGCUUAGUCAAUAAAUCCUGGUGGCCUAGUAACGGAGUUCAUGUAAGUUCAUGAAAGGCUGACUUACAGUACAUUUGUGGUGUUCGAAGAUUAGUUCUAGCCUUGAAACUUAAAGGAAUGGGUUCAACAUACCCACAUUGUUUGAAGUACAGUAGACCAGCGUAGCUACAUCAGCAGUUGUCAAAGUGCUUUACAGAACCAUCCUAAAACCCAAUAAGAGCAAGCAAUGCAGAAGCACAGUGGCUAGGAAAAAUAAGUCAAUAAGUAUUCCACGCCUUUGUUAUGGCAAGCCUAAAUACAUUCAGGAGUACAAAUUUGUUAACAACUCACAUAAUAAGUUGCAUGGACUCACUCUGUGUGCAUUAAUAGUGUUUAACAGAACUUUUGAAUGACUACCUUCUCUGUACCCCACACAUACAAUUAAAAUCGGUAAGGUCCCUCAGUCGAGCAAUUACUUUCAAACACAGAUUCAACCCCACCCAAAAAAAGAGAUGUUCCAAUGACUCACAAAGAAGGGCACCUAUUGGGAGAUGGGUCAAAAGAAAAAGCAGACAUUGAAUAUCCCUUUGAGCAUGGUGAAGUUAUUAAUUACACUUUGGAUGGUGUAUCAAUACACCCAGUCACUACAAAGAUACAGGCGGCCUUCCUAACUCAGUUGCCGGAGAGGAAGGAAACCGCUCAGGGAUUUUAAAACAGUUACAUAGUUUAAUGGCUGUGACAGGAGAAAACUGAGGACGGAUCAACAACAUUGUAGUUAUUCCACAAUACUAACCUAAUUGAUAGAGUGAAUAGAUGGAAGCCUGUACACAAACAUAUUUCAAAACAUUCAUCUUGUUUGCAACAAGGCACUAAAGUAAUACUGCAAGAAAUGUGGCAAAGCAAUUCACUUUUUGUCCUGAAUACAAAGUGUUGUGUUUGGGGCAAAUCCAAUACAGCACAUUACUGAGUAUCACUUUCCAUAUUUUCAAGCAUAGUAGUGGCUGCAUCAUGUUAUAGGUAUGCUUGAAAUCGUUAAGGACUAUGGGGUUUUCAUGAUAAAAAAUAAACUGAAUGGAGCUAAGCACAGGCAAAAUCCUACAGGAAAACCUGGUUCAGUCUGCUUUCCACCAGACACUGGGAGAUGAAUUCACCUUUCAGCAGGACAAUAACCUAACACACAAGGCCAAAUCUACACUGGCGUUGCUUUCCAGGAAGACAGUGAAUGUUCCAGAGUGGCCGAGUAAUUUUUUUGGACUUAAACCCACUUGAAAAUCUAUGGCAAGAUCUGAAAAUGGUUUAGCAAUUAUCAACAACCAAUUUGACGAGCUUGAAUAUUGAAAAGAAUAAUGGGCAAAUGUUGUACAAUCCAGGUGUGGAAAGCUCUUUGAGACUUAUCCAGAAAGACUCACAGCUGUAAUCGCUGCCAAAGGUGCUUCUACAAAGUAUUGACUUAUGUAAAUUAUAUAUUUCUGUAUUUCAUUUUCAAUACAUUUGCAAAACAAUCAGAAUAUACGUUUUCACUUGUCAUUAUGGGAUAUUGUGUGUAGAUCGGUGGGUUAAAAAAUAUUUUAAUACAUUUUGAAUUCAGGGUGUAACAACGGAAUGUGGAAUAAGGGGUAUGAAUACUUUGAAGGCACUGCGUGUCACGUGAGAGGCUAUAAUGAAACGUGAGAAUGAGAUUUAAUCUGUUUUGGAUCAAUUAUCUGCUCCUAGAAGCACCAGGAAGUCAUGUAGGAGGAGGCUGGGGUGGCGAGAUCCGGACAAUCAAAUGGAGGGACCAAGAGGGAACUGCACACAACGGAUGCAAAGGUACAACAAUUCCCUAUCCCAGCCAAAGUAGGUUUCUACACUUGACCUCACUUGUCUAGGGCAUGUUUUGCUCCUUGAUUCCAGAUUAGAUUAGCCUUCUGAUUAGGAAGCAAACUGUUUCCUCAAUCAAAUCAAAUCGUAUGUCACAUGCGCCGAAUACAAUAGGUGUAGACCUUCCCGUGAAAUGCUUACUUACAAGCCCUUUCCCAGCAAUGCAGUUAAGAAAAUAUUUACUAAGUAAACUAAAAGUAAAAAAAGCAACAAUAAAAUAACAAUAGCGGUUAUAUACAGGGGGCACCGGUACCAAGCCAAUGUGUGGGGCUACAGGUUAGUCGAGGUAACUGAGUUAAUAUGUACAUGUAGGUAGGGGUAAAGUGACUAUGAAUAGAUAAUAAACAGUUAGUAGCAGCAGCAUAAAAAAGGGUGUCAAUGCAAAUAGUCCAGGUAGCCAUUUGAUUAACUGUUCAGCAGUCUUAUGGCUUGGGGGUAGAAGCUGUUAAGGAGCCUUUGGGACCUAGACUUGGUGCUCCGGUACCGCUUUCCGUGCGUUAGCCGAGAGAACAGUCUAUAGCUGUGUUCGAAUACCCAUACUAACAUACAGUAUGCUACAUACUUAAUGAGUAUAUACUAUUAGCUCAUUUUAGUACACUGUAAACAAACGGUAUCCUUUCAGUUGAGCAUACUAGUGCUUCGCCUGUCUACCAGAUGUUGAUGCUGUUGCUAUGCAACCUCUUGGUAGCUUCUUAGCAUAACAAAUGACUAACGACAUUUUACGACUUCGGGUGUGUUCUUAAAUUCAAUCUGGAGUGCCAGAGUGCGCUCUGAGCGUUUGUAAAUUCAGAGCGCUGUCAGAUUGUCUGUUUGUAUCUGCAGAACGCACAAUGGACACUCUGGCCGAGGAGUAGGGUUUACCCAAGCGUUCUGGCCUCAUAACGGCAGAUAAGCAGCCAAGCUAACUGGCUAACGUUGGCUAGCUUGCUAACUUCUCCCAGACACAAAUGAGAGAACACCUCACUCUGACCAUUUUACUCACCCUAGCAGAGCUGGUUAGGCAGUUUUCAUGUUAUCCAGAGCGUUGGUGACAGUAACUGUGCUGCUGGCAACAAUUGAAUGACGCUUUUUUGCCGACGUUUACUGACACCGGCCAUAUUCAACGGGUGUUGAGCGUUCGUAAAUUCAUCAGUUAUUCUGCGCUCUGGCACACUCAGACGAAAGUUCUCUGAAAACAGAGAUUUACGAAAGCACCCGAAUGUCCAUUGAGAACGCACAACGACUAUACCACUUAGCUAAACUAAGAAUGACGGGAAUAAUCAAGUCAAUAAACAUUGGGUAGUUAAGUUAGAUAGCACAUAGUUAAUAUACUGGCAAGUGUUAUGUAUUAGUAGCCAACUAACAUUAGGUAGCUAGCUAACAUACUGGUACAUACUGCUGUAAUAAUAUGCUAUGUGGUUCGUAAGGAUAGAGUAGCUAACAAAUUGUCAGCCAACAUAACGUGUAAGGUAACUUAUUUGAAAAGUCAUUACUUUAUUACAUUGAUCAACAUUUUCUUAACAUUUGCCAUAAUUAGUUAAAGCAAUGAAUUUGUCUCCGCUCUCGUUGGACUUCGGCUGCAUAUUUUCCACCCUUUCUUCAAAUUUGAAAACGAUAUGAAGCCAUGGCCCAUAUUCUGAAUAAUUGCAAUAUGGGCCCUAAAAGCACGAAAAUAGUGUCCACUGCUGGUAUACUUCAUAUUUUAGCAAAUGUAGUACGACAUUCCGGAAACUUUAGGCAUAAUACCUAUAUGCAUACUAUGACCAAUAAGCAUACUAUACACUCAAUUUACAUCACAAAUAGUACAGUUAGUGAGGUUAGUAUGAGUAUUCGAACACAGCUUAUGACUUGGGUGGCUGGAGCCUGACAAUUUUUCAGGCCUUACUCUAACACCACCUGUUAUAGAGGUCCUGGAUGGCAGGAAGCUUGGCCCCAGUGAUACACUGGGCUGUACAUACUACCCUCUGUAGCGUCUUACGGUCGGAUGCCGAGCAGUUGCCAUACCAGGCGUGCUGCAACCAGUUACGAUGCUCUCAAUGGUGCAGCUGUAGAACUUUGAGGAUCUGGGGACCCAUGCCAAAUCAUUUCAGUCUCCCUUGUCGUGCCCUCUUGACGACUGCCUUGGUGUGUUUGGACCAUGAUAGUUUGUUGGUGAUGUGGACACCAAGGAACUUGAAGCUCUCAGCCCGCUCCAUUACAGCCCGGUCGAUGUGAAUGGGGGUGUGCUCGGCCCUCCUGUUCCUGUAGUCCACGAUCAACUCCUUUGUCUUGCUCACGUUGAGGAUGAGGUUGUAGUCCUGGCACCACACUGCCAGGUCUCUGACCUCCUCCCUAUAGGAUGUCUCAUCGUUGUCGGUGAUGAGGCCAACCACUUAUGUCGUCGGCAAACUUAAUGAUGGUGUUGGAGUCGUGCUUGGCCACGCAGUCGUGAGUGAACAGGGAGUACAGGAGGGGACUAAGCACGCACCCCUAAAGGGGCCCCCGUGUUGAGGAUAAGUGUGGCAGAUGAGUUGUUGCCUACCCUUACCACCUGGGGGGUGGCCCGUCAGGAAGUCCAGGAUCCAGUUGCAGAGGUAGGUGUUUAGUCCCAGGGUCCUUAGUUUAGUGAUGAGCUUUGAGGGCACUAUGGUGUUGAGCGCUGAGCUGUAGUCAAUGAACAGCAUUCUCACAUAGGUGUUCCUUUCGUCCAGGUGGUAAAGGGCAGUGUGGAGUGCAAUUGAGAUUGCGUCAUCUGUGGAUCUGUUGGGGAGGUAUGUGAAUUGGAAUGGGUCUAGAGUUUGGUGUUUAAGUGAGCCAUGACCAGUCUUUCAAAGCACUUCAUGGCUACAGAUGUGCUACGGGGCGGUAGUCAUUUAGGCAGGUUACCUUGGCGUUCUUGGGCACAGGGACUAUGGUGGUCUGCUUGAAACAUGUAGGUAUUACAGACUCGGUCAGGGAGAGGUUGAAAAUUGAAAGUUUUUGGUGUGGGGGUAGAUCAGCUUUAAUAUUACAGAUAGAUCACUGUAAUUGUCUGCAUCAUUUCCAAUUCCCCAUUUUUUUUUUUUUUGUAAAUAUACAGUUGAAGUCAGAAGUUUACAUACACCUUAGCCAAAUACAUUUAAACUCAGUUUUUCACAAUUCCUGACAUUUAAUCCUAGUAAAAAUUCCCUGUCUUAGGUCAGUUAGGAUCACCACUUUAUUUUAAGAAAUGUGAAAUGUCAGAAUAAUAGUAGAGAGAAUUAUUUAUUUCAGCUUUUAUUUGUUUCAUCACAUUCCCAGUGGGUCAGAAGUUUACAUACACUCAAUUAGUAUUUGGUAGCAUUGCCUUUAAAUUGUUUAACUUGGGUCAAACAUUUCAGGUAGCCUUCCACAAGCUUCCCACAAUAAGUUGGUUGAAUUUUGGCCUAUUCCUCCUGACAGAGCUGGUGUAACUGAAUCAAGUUUGUAGGCCUCCUUGCUUGCACACACCUUUUCAGUUCUGCCCACACAUUUUCUAUAGGAUUGAGGUCAGGGCUUUGUGAUGGCCACUCCAAUACCUUGACUUUGUUGUCCUUAAGCCAUUUUACCACAACUUUGGAAGUAUGCUUGGGGUCAUUGUCCAUGUGGAAGACCCAUUUGAGACCAAGCUUUAACCUCCUGACUGAUGUCUUGAGAUAUUGCUUCAAUAUAUCCACAUCAUUUUCCUUCCUCAUGAUGCCAUCUAUUUUGUAAAGUGCACCAGUCCCUCCUGCAGCAAAGCACCCCCACAGCAUGAUGCUGCCACCCCCGUGCUUCACGGUUGGGAUGAUGUUCUUCGGCUUGCAAGCAACCCCCUUUUUCCUCUAAACAUAACGAUGGUCAUUAUGGCCAAACAGUUCAUCAGACCAGAGGACAUUUCUCCAAAAAGUAAGAUCUUUGUCCCCAUGUGCAGUUGCAAACCGUAGUCUGGCUUUUUUAAUGGAGGUUUUGGAGCAGUGGCUUCUUCCUUGCUGAGCGGCCUUUCAGGUUAUGUCGUUAUAGGACUCGUUUUACUGUGGAUAUAGAUACUUUUGUACCGGUUUCCUCCAGCAUCUUCACAAGGUCCUUUGCUGUUGUUAUGGGAUUGAUUUGCACUUUUCGCACCAAAGUACGGUCAUCUCUAGGAGACAGAACGAGUCUCCUUCCUGAGCAGUAUGACGGCUGCGUGGUCCCAUGGUGUUUAUACUUGCGUACUAUUGUUUGUACAUAUGAAUGUGGUACCUUCAGGCGUUUGGAAAUUGCUCCCAAGGAUGAACCUGACUUGGAGGUCUACAAUUUAUUUUCUGAGGUCUUGGCUGAUUUCUUUUGAUUUACCCAUAUUGUCUAGCAGAGAGGCACUGAGUUUGAAGGUAGGCCUUGAAAUACAUCCACAGGUACACCUCCAAUUGACUCAAAUGAUGUCAAUUAGCCUAUCAGAAGCUUCUAAAGCCAUGACAUCAUUUUCUGGAAUUUUCCAAGCUGUUUAAAAGGCACAGUCAACUUAGUGUAUGUAAACUUCUGACCCUCUGGAAUUGUGAUACAGUGAAUUAUAAGUGAAAUAAUCUGUCUGUAAACAAUUGUUGGAAAAAAUGACUUGUGUCAUGCACAAAGUAGAUGUCCUAACCGACUUGCCAAAACUAUAGUUUGUUAACAAGACAUUUGUGGAGUGAUUGAAAAACAAGUUAAUGACUCCAACCUAAGUGUAUGUAAACUUCCGACUUCAACUGUAACUCCAAGAGUCCUAUUUAUUAUAUAAUUUACAAGAAUUAGAUACAGUUAAACAUUUUGUCCCAAAAAUAUAUAUAUUUUUUAUAAAUUAGUAUAUUUGAGUUUAAACAUAAUUUUGUUGUAAUAUUUGUUCUGUCUUUUCUGGAGGAUUAAACUGAAAUUUUAAAAAUAGCAUUUUUUUUAUAGAUUAUUUCAUUUUUCAAAUAACCGAAAGUCAGAGGUUGUAAUCUGAAUAAAUGGAAAAAGGCCCCUCUUAAACAUGGGGUGAGCCAUUCUUACUAAUCUGCUGGAGAAUCAGUUCUGAUUUAAGAAUAGCUUCCGUAUGACUGAAUCCUUUAGUGAGAGGUCUAAUGCUUUAAUAUUUAAUAAUUUCUGCCCUCCGAAUUCAUAUUCAUUAUAUAAAUAGGCCUGUUUAAUGUUGUCUGCCUUGCCAUUCCAAAAACAAUUGAAUAUAUUUUGCUCAAAAAAAAUAAUAAAAAAAAAAAGUCGCUAGGUGUAGGCAAGGCCAUAAGUGAAGACACUUGCCAGCAUGCGCUGAGUACACCCGGCCUUGUGAAUGUUGACCUGUUUAAAGGUCUUACUCACAUCAGCUACGGAGAGUCUGAUCACACAGUCGUUCGGAACAGCUGGUGCUCUCAUGCAUGCUUCAGUGUUGCUUGCCUUGAAGCAUUUAGCUCGUCUGGGCAGCUCGCAGCUGGGAUUCCCUCUGUAAUUCGUAAUAAUUUGCAAGCCCUACCACAUCCGGCGAGUGUCAGAGCAAACUGAUAUGUGAAACGUAUUAAUGCCAAAAUAACAGGCAAAAAAAGAUAUACACUACCGUUCAAAAGUUUGGAGUCACUUAAAAUAUCAAAUGGAUCAAAAAUACAGUAUAGACAUUGUUAAUGUUGUAAAUGGCUAUUGUAGCUGGAAACGGUUGAUUUUUAAUGGAAUAACUACAUCGGCGUACAGAGGCCCAUUAUCAGUAACCAACAGUCCUGUGUUCCAAUGGCACGUUGUGUUUGCUAAUCCAAGUUUAUCAUUUUAAAAGGCUAAUUGAUCAUUAGAAAAUCCUUUUGCAAUUAUGUUAGCACAGCUGAAAACUUUUGUGCUGAUUAAAGAAGCAAUAAAACUGGCCUUCUUGAGACUAGUUGAGUAUCUGGAGCAUCAGCAAUUGUGGGUUCGAUUACAGGCUCAAAAUGGCCAGAAAUGAACUUUUCUGAAACUCGUCAGUCUAUUCUUGUUCUGAGAAAUGAAGGCUAUUCCAUGCGAGAAAUUGCCAAGAACCUGAAGAUCUAGUACAACGCUGUGUACUACUCCCUUCACAUAACAGCGCAAACUGGCUCUAACCAGAAUAGAAAGAGGAGUGGGAGGCCCCGGUGCACAACUGAGCAAGAGGACAAAUACACAUUAGUGUCUAGUUUCAACUGGCAGCUUCAUUAAAUAGUACCCGCAAAACACCAGUUUCAAUGUCAACAGUGAAGAGGUGACUCCGGGAUGCUGACCAUCUAGGCAGAGUUGCAAAGAAAAAGCCAUAUCUCAGACUGGCCAAUAAAAAGAAAAGAUUAAGAUGGGCAGUCAGAUAUUCCCAGUUUAUGCUACAAAACCAACUGUCUAAGAGGUUUUAAAAAUAGGUUAUAUUUGACUAAAUGUUCCAUGACAUACACUAAGGCAUUGUUGGCAGAAUAGAUGGGAUUCAGUUCAAUGCAUGAUUAAUAUAAUUCACCAAUACAUUUCUUGGUAGUCCAAAAAAUAUUGCUAUCAGGUUGUAAAAUCACAGCUGGCCUGGUACAUUGUUUGCUGCCUCCAUUCGGGAUGCCAAUACAAUCAAACUAUCAAGGGCAAUGAUCACAAGUCAGUCAUAACUUGGCUAAUAGGCUAGCGUAUCUAUUUAUGUAGCAAGCUAAAAACACAGAGCCUAACAUUAGCUAGAUAGCUAGCUGCUAGGAGGAUGUCAUGUCAUGCCAUGCCAUUGGAGGAGUAGGUGAGUGAGUGGCUUUUUCCCCUCAUAUAGUUUUUCAGUGGCUACACACAGCUAGAGAUGCAGGUGUCAUUUGGUUAGCUAGCAAGAAUUUGAACAACUUAUCCAGUUAGCAUAUCUCUUGCGUUUGCAAAUUCACUCUGCCUAUCUACAGUUCUCUGAUUUCAGAGAACUCUCGUCUGAGUGUGCCAGAGCGCAGAACUGAUUAAUUAAAAAACAUGCAACACCUGCUGAAUAUGACCUCGUCAGUAAAUGUAGGCAAAAAAAAGUAAGUUAGUCAAGAAUGCUCUAGAUAACAUGUAAACAGCCUAACCAGCUCUGCUACAGCGAAUAAAAUGGUCAGAGUGAGGGGUUCUCUCAUUUGUGUCUGGAAGUAGCUAGCUAGCUAGCAAGCAAGCUAGCCAACGUUAGCCAGUUAGCUUGGACACUAGGUUGGGACAAGCAUGCAUUGGCAGGCAAGCUGCAGAAGGACGAGGAGGCUACAAUUCCCCAUCGUUUAUCAGUGCAAUUUUGAGGGCCAACUAGCUGAAAAAGUUAGAAAGGGUUUAUCUAACGUUAAUUCGUUAGAUUUUAGCUCAUCUUGCUCUGGCUACCAUUAGCUGCUGAUCUUGUUGAUGUGCAUAACUGAGGGAGAGAGCCCCUACCUUUUCAUGGUUGUUUGAUCAAUAGGACUGAAGUUCCCAAAUGUAAGAGGACUCCCAUGGUGUUUAUAUAGUUGCAGAAAUCCAUUCAGGUGUAUUUUGUGGCUUUUGGCAAAUGUGUUUUACUGAUCUAAAGUUGCGCUUUUGCAACUGCCUGUCAACACAGUCCAGUUAAAAGUGAAUGAUGGCAAGCCCAUGUGGCAAAUAGCUUGUUUGUAUAAAGGCCUACUGUAGCUCUGAUUGGCUAUAGCACACCGGUCUGUGUAGAUGUUUUUAUUUACUGCAGUGUCUAUUAAUUGUCCAAAUGUAAGGCCGAUUUUUCACUCUAUAGCGCUAAAGAUUUUUCACAAAUGCCUUAGUAUUUUCAUGUAAUUCCCAAACAUUUUAAAGAAUUUAUGAAAAUGUGAAAAUGACCAUAUCUAAGUGGUCGCUUCUCAGAAAAUGUUUUAAAAAGUGUCAUUCUUCCUAUGGGUGUAAAUGAACAGUUUUAAUAAGAUUGCAUGUUGCUAAAAUGCUGUCGGUUCCACUUUAAAUGCAACAAUAUUUCACAUACAGUACCAGUCAAAAGUUUGAACACACCUACUCAUUCAAGGGUUUUGUCUUUAUUUUGACUAUUUUAUACAUUGUAGAAUAAUAGUGAUGACAUCAACACUAUGAAAUAGCACAUAUGGAAUCAUGUAGUAACCCAAAAAAGUGUCAAACAAAUCAAAAAUAUAUUUAAUAGUAGCCACCCUUUGCAUUGAUGACAGCUUUGCACACUCUUGGCAUGCUCUCAACCAGCUUCAUGAGGUAGUCACCUGGAAUGCAUGAAGGAGUUCCCACAUAUGCUGAGCUCUUGUUGGCUGCUUUUCCUUCACUCUGUGGUCCAACUCAUCCCAAACCAUCUCAACUGGUUUGAGGUUGGGUGAUUGUGGAGGCCAGGUCAUCUGAUGCAGCACUCCAUCACUCUCCUUUGUCAAAUAGCCCUUACAGGUGUGUUUUGGGUCAUUGUCCUGUUGAAUAACAAAUGAUAGUCCCACUAAGCCCAAACCAGAUGGGAUGGCGUAUCGCUGCAGAAUGUUGUGGUAGCCAUGCUGGUUAAGUGUGCCUUGAAUUCUAAAUAAAUCACAGACAGUGUCACCAGCAAAGCACCCCCACACCAUCACACCUCCAUGCUUCGUGGUGGGAACCGCAUGUUGAGAUCAUCCAUUUACCUACUCUGUGUCUCACAAAGACAGCGGUUAGAACCAAAAAUCUCAAAAUGUUGAUUCAUCAGACCAAAGGACAGAGUUCCACCAGUCUAAUGUCCAUUGCUCGUGUUCCUUGGCCCAAGCAAGUCUCUUCUUCUUAUUGGUGUCCUUUAGUAGUGUUUUUUUUUGCAGCAAUUUGACCAUGAAGGCCUGAUUCACGCAGUCUCUGAACAGUUGAUGUUGAGAUGUGUCUGUUACUUGAACUCUGUGAAGCAUUUAUUUGGGCUGCAAUCUGAGGUGCAGUUAACUCUAAUGAACUUAUCCUCUGCAACAGAGGAAACUCUGGGUCUUCCUUUCCUAUGGCGGUCCUCAUGAGAGCCAGUUUCAUCAUAGCAGUUGAUAGUUUUUGCGACUGCACUUGAAGAAACUUUCAAAGUUCUUGAUAUUUUUCAUUUUGACUGACCUUCAUGUCUUAAAGUAAUGAUGGACUGUCGCUUCUCUUUGCUUAUUUGAGCUGUUCCUGCCAUAAUAUGGACUUGGUCUUUUACCAAAUAGGGCUAUCUUCUGUAUACCACCCUUACCUUGUCACAGCACAACUGAUUGGCUCAAACGGAUUAAAGAAGGAAAGAAAUUCCACAAAUUAACUUUUAACAAGGCACACCUGUUAAAUCAAAAUGCAUUCCAGGUGACAACCUCAUGAAGCUGGUUGAGAGAAUGCCGAGUGUGCAAAGCUGUCAUCAAUGCAAAAGGUGGCUACUUUGAAGAAUCUCAAAUAAAAUAUAUUUUGAUUUGUUUGACACUUUUUUGGUUACUACAUGAUUCCAUGUGUGUUAUUUCAUAGUUUUGAUGUCUUCACUAUUAUUCUACAAUGUAGAAAAUAGUAAAAAUAAAGAAAAACCCUAGAAUUAGUAAGUGUGUCCAAACUUAUGACUGGUACUGUACAUAAGUUAUUUUCAAAAGAGAUGGCUAACAAAAGCAAGCACUCUGCAAUAAAAUAAAAUAAAAUAAAACACAGUUCCACUCACCAGAUGAUGAUAAUUUGAAACGUAACUUCUUGUUGAAAGUUAUUCAUGAAAAGGUAGACGCUAACAAAUUAGCAAUAACAUCCUCUUUGAUAAGACCUGCUGCAGCUGCUGGAAACUAGCCGACAACAAAAGCUAGCUAGCCAGACCGUGGGGAAACUACUGCUUGCUAUUGUGCAGUGACCUGUUGGCCUGCAAGAAGGCAGACGUUUCAAUACGUUUUUGUAAAAACGGUCCCACCCAUUGUCAAAAUGUUAUCGUUUGAUUCCACUGUCACUCUAAAAUGUUGACCUAAUACAGUUGAAUGGCAGAUGCCUUUAUCUAGCUUCUGAUGGCCUAGCCAAUGGCUGAUUUAGCUAGCUAGAUUUAUCUCCCCAGAGACCAGCAAAGAAAAAUCCUGGUUGGAAUUUUUUUUUCUCUUCAGUGUUAACCCUUUCCAACAAAAACUGAAGAGAUUAAAAUCAGAACAUCAUUGAAAAUAAUAAUAUAAUUAUUAUUAUUUUAUAAAUCCUUAGUCCUUCUCUGAAGGCGUAAAAGGCCCAAUGUUCCCCACUGUGUUUGGGUUAGUAAUAAUUUGUAGAGUGGCUCUAUUUUGCCUCAGCUUGCAUUUUUUCACUAUUCUGAAUGUCUAAAGAAUCCAUAUGUUGUGGUGAUUUGAUAAAAUUACAAUCAUGUCAUUAAUUGGACUCGCACUUUUCUGUCCUCGGUUUUGAUUCAGUCUCGGACCCCUUGUCCCCCCUCCGGUCUUGGUCUUGACUCGGACUCGAUUUGCUCCGGUCUUGGUCUUGAACCGGUCUCGCUUUAGGUGGUCUUCGAUCAUAACAUUGGUAGACGGUGUGGUCUACAGCUUUUCAUGAGGUACUCUACCUCAGGCGAGCAAAACCUUGACACUUCCUUAAUAUUAGAUAUUGCGCACCAGCUGUUAUUGACAAAUAGACAGACCACCACCCCUAGUCUUACCGGAGGUAGCUGUUCGGUCUUGCCGAUGCACGGAAAACCCAGCCAACUGUAUAUUAUUCAGCCACCACUCGGUGAAACAUAAGCUAUUACAAUUUGUAAUGUCCCGUUGGUAGGAUAGUCUCAAAUGGAGCUCAUCCAGUUUAUUCUCCAGUGAUUGCACGUUGGCCAAUAGGACAGAUGGUAGAGGCAGGUUACCCACUCUCCGACGAAUUCUCACAAGGCACCCGGAUCUGCGGCCUCUGUAUCUCCAUCUCCUCUUCAUGAGAAUGACGGGGAUUUGGGCCUGGUCCAGCAGUAAAUCCUUCGCAUCAGUAAAUCCUCACCUCGUCCAGUUCGAGGUGAGUAGUCGCUGUUUUGAUAUCCAGAAGCUCUUUUCGGUCAUAAGAGACUGUAGCAGAAACAUUAUGUACCAAAAAAGUUACAAUGCGAAAAACACAAAAAAUAGCACAAUUGGUAAAAUGGCAGCCGGCACCAUUAUUUGAGCAACAGCAGUUGAUAGAAUUUGACACUGAUCUGAAUCUCAUCUUUAUGUCUUUUCUGCUACACGUCUUUCCGCAGGCCGCUAUGUUAGGGACAUCUGCAUCUAUGGUCUGGAGGAUUUGCAGUGGAUCAUCGACAGAAACAGCAUGUUUGCCAACAAGUUUGAGAGCAAGGCCUUCCCAGAAGCUUUGGACUGCCUGGAGCAGUGGCACAGGGACAAGGUCCUGCAGCAAGCGAUGGUUCCCAUCCAGUCAUGGUGGCAACUUGCCACGCAAGGCAAUACCACCGCUCUUUUCAACGCC